CAAAUUCAAGAUCAGGAUCAAAAUCAGGAUCAACAUCUGAAUCAACAUCUGAAUCAAAUUCAAAUUCAAGAUCAGGAUCAAAAUCAGUAUCAAAAUCAAUCUUCGCAUGGGCAUCAUCCUCUAUCUUUCCCAAUUUCGUGCCCGCAGCCACAAGACAUGCCCAGCGCGGCCAUGACCCGACUUGGUCCAGCGAGCCUAGUCGGCGACAGCUUCACCAACAUUGUCGCCGGCGCCCACUCCAAGCCGCUCCGCCCGCCGGGCCCGCAGCACUCGCACACGGCCGACGGCAGCCAGCCCCCGCGGUUCAAGAAGAGCCCGCGCCUGCGCCAGAGCACCUCGUUCCAGCAGCUUGCCCGCAAGAUGGAGACGCCGCCGUCGGGCACCAAGAGCCCGCGCAACCGCUACAGCGACGACGGCGAUGGCCUCAAGGGUCGCGCCCGCGACAGCGGCAAGAAGAAGAGUACCUUUAGCGCCUUCAUGAGCAACAUGCUGGGCUCGCCGCGCCGCCCGACCAUCUCGACGCCGACGAACCCCAUGCACGUCACCCACGUCAGCAUCGACAACGAGACGGGCGAGUUUACGGGCCUCCCCAAGGAAUGGCAGCGCAUGCUCCAGCAGAACGGCAUCACCGAGCAGGAGCAGAAGCAGCACCCCCAGGCCGCCAUGGACGUUGUCAACUUCUACAAGACCAACGCGGAGAAGAACGGCGAGGACGAAGUCUGGGAGAAGAUGGGCGCCGCGCACCCCCACCACCAGUCGCUCAACCCCGCCUACGGAGCACCCCAGCCGCUCAGCCCGCCGCAGAGCCCGCGCUUCCCGCGCAACGAGCACGACAGCUUCGAGAACCCCCGCGCCCCGCCCCCAGUCCCUCUGCCCCGCAGCCUGACGUCGCCCGUGUCGAACACGCCCCAGGCCAAUGGCUCCGUCAUGCCCAACCGACCUGCUCCCCGCCCGCCGGGCGCUGCGGCAGGCUCGGCCAACCUCGUGCCCUCGCGUGCUGCGCCGACGGCACCCCAGGUCGCCUCCCAGCAACUCCGUCCGAAGAACGAUGCGCCCCCGGUCGUCUACGCCUCUCCCCAGGCCACGGACAGCGCCUAUGGCACUUCUUCAGCGCCGCGAAGCCGCGCAAACACCACGGGUGGGACGCCUCCGCACUUUGAGUCGCCCAGCAGCAGCCAGACUGCCAUCUCGCCCGCGCAGCAGUACCAGCAGCAGCAGGCCCAGGCCAUGGCCGCAGUCCAGCAUUCGAUGAACAGCCACAAGCACCAGCCGCCCCAUCUUGGCCGAAGCGUCAGCCAGAAGGCGCCACAAGCGCAGCCCUUCCACCAUGGGCCCCCUGCACACGUGCAGCCCUCGCCGCAGCAGCUGCUCGCGCAGCAGAUGGAUCCGCAGAACAUUCCUCUCCCAUCGCAGCAGGCUCGUGCAGGCCCAGCGCCGCCUCAAGCGCAGGCUCGACCACGGCAGCGACCGAGGCAAAGCCAGGGCCCGGAUAUCGUCGCCAAGCUCAACGCCAUCUGCACAAACGCAGAUCCCACCACGCUUUACCGCCAGCUCAACAAGAUUGGCCAGGGCGCCUCCGGUGGUGUCUACAUGGCUUACGAGAAUUGCUCCAACAAAUGCGUAGCCAUCAAGCAGAUGAACCUGGAGCAGCAGCCCAAGAAGGACCUGAUUAUCAACGAGAUUCUGGUCAUGAAGGACAGCAGGCACAAGAACAUUGUCAACUUCAUGGACAGUUUCCUCGUGCGUGGUGACCUGUGGGUUGUCAUGGAGUACAUGGAGGGAGGCAGCUUGACCGACGUGGUCACGUUCAACAUCAUGUCGGAAGGCCAGAUUGCGGCAGUCUGCAGGGAGGUUCUCCACGGCCUCCAGCACCUGCACUCCAAGGGCGUCAUUCACCGCGACAUCAAGUCCGACAACAUCCUUUUGUCACUCGAGGGCAACAUCAAGCUCACCGAUUUUGGAUUCUGCGCUCAAAUCAACGAGCACCACAACAAGCGCACGACCAUGGUUGGUACGCCGUACUGGAUGGCGCCAGAAGUUGUCACUCGCAAGGAGUACGGUCGCAAGGUCGACAUUUGGUCACUGGGCAUCAUGGCUAUCGAGAUGAUUGAGGGAGAGCCGCCGUACCUCAACGAGAGUCCUUUGCGCGCGCUGUGGCUCAUCGCCACGAACGGCACACCUCAGAUCAAGGAGGAGCACGCUCUGUCGCCAGUUCUCCGCGACUUUUUAGGCUUCUCGCUGAAGGUGGAUCCUGACAAGCGCGCCAGCGCCCAUGAUCUUCUUGUGCAUCCCUUCAUACAGACAUCAGAGCCGCUCAACACCCUCGCACCGCUUGUGUUGUCUGCGCGAAAGGCAAGAGCCGAUGAGAAGAAGAAGAAGGGCGGUAUGUGA